CGGGGAGCCGGAGGACACCCAGCGAGCGGAGCCCUCGCGGGGCUCUCCAAGUUUCCACUCCUCGCAGUCUUUCGGCAGCGGGAGCUCCGUGCUAACUUGGAACAGCCCAGGGCCGAGUUUGUGCGUUGCCCCCAAGUUGCGCUCUGGACUUUGGAGAGGCCAGUUUAGCCCGCGCACCUGGGCUUAGCCAUGCGGACCCACUCGGACCGCACGGAGUAUGCGUGACUCUCUCCCCACUCCCCGACUGCCUGGAAUUCUAGCCUCGUCUCUUUCUGUCUGUUUCUCUCUCCCCUUGUCAGUAUCCGCUUCCUCCAGCUGAGGGGCCUUGUCUCGCUAUUGGGAAAUGCUCUGCAGAUGUCAAGACUUAAGACAGGAGUUCCCGCCCGCCUCUCACCCUCCACCCGGAGUAAGAGGGGCCAGGAUGGGGCUGCUGCUGAAGGAAAAGGCAAAAGUGGGGAAGACUUUUUUCAAAAGAUCAUGGAAGAAACAAAUACACAGAUUGCUUGGCCAUCAAAACUGAAGAUUGGAGCCAAAUCCAAGAAAGAUCCCCAUAUUAAAGUUUCUGGAAAGAAAGAAGAUGUUAAGGAAGCCAAGGAAAUGAUCAUGUCUGUCUUGGACACAAAAAGCAAUCGGGUCACCCUGAAGAUGGAUGUUUCACACACAGAACAUUCUCAUGUCAUUGGCAAAGGUGGCAACAAUAUUAAAAAAGUAAUGGAAGACACAGGAUGCCACAUCCACUUUCCAGAUUCUAACAGGAAUAACCAAGCAGAAAAAAGCAACCAGGUAUCUAUAGCAGGACAAACGGCAGGAGUAGAAUCUGCCAGAGUUAGAAUUCGGGAACUGCUUCCUUUGGUGCUGAUGUUUGAGCUCCCUAUAGCUGGAAUUCUUCAACCGGUUCCCGAUCCUAAUUCCCCCUCUAUUCAGCACAUAUCACAAACGUACAACAUUUCAGUGUCAUUUAAACAGCGUUCCCGAAUGUAUGGUGCUACUGUCAUAGUGCGAGGGUCUCAGAAUAACACCAGUGCUGUGAAGGAAGGAACUGCCAUGCUGUUGGAACAUCUUGCUGGGAGCUUGGCAUCAGCUAUCCCCGUGAGCACACAGCUGGAUAUUGCAGCUCAACAUCAUCUCUUUAUGAUGGGUCGAAAUGGAAGCAACAUUAAGCAUAUCAUGCAGAGAACAGGUGCUCAGAUCCACUUUCCUGAUCCCAGCAAUCCACAAAAGAAAUCCACCGUCUACCUCCAGGGCACCAUUGAGUCUGUCUGUCUUGCAAGGCAAUAUCUCAUGGGUUGUCUGCCUCUUGUGUUGAUGUUUGAUAUGAAGGAAGAAAUUGAUGUUGAUCCACAAUUCAUUGCUCAGUUGAUGGAACAGCUCGAUGUCUUCAUCAGCAUUAAACCAAAACCCAAACAGCCAAGCAAGUCUGUGAUUGUGAAAAGUGUUGAACGAAAUGCCUUAAAUAUGUAUGAAGCAAGGAAAUGUCUCCUCGGACUUGAAAGCAGUGGGGUUACCAUAGCAACCAGUCCAUCCCCAGCAUCGUGCCCUGCUGGCCUGGCAUGUCCCAGCCUGGAUAUCUUAGCUUCAGCAGGCCUCGGACUCACUGGACUAGGUCUCUUGGGACCCACCACCUUAUCUUUAAACACUUCAACGACCCCGAACUCACUCCUGAAUGCUCUCAAUAGCUCAGUCAGUCCUUUGCAAAGUCCAAGUUCUGGCACCCCCAGCCCCACGUUAUGGGCAUCCCCUCUUGCUAAUACGUCAAGUGCUACAGGUUUUUCUGCUAUACCACACCUCAUGAUCCCAUCUACCGCCCCCACGCUCACUAAUAUUUUGUUGUCUGGAGUCCCCACCUAUGGGCACACAGCUCCAUCUCCCCCUCCUGGCUUGACUCCUGUUGAUGUCCACAUCAGCAGUAUGCAAACAGAAGGCAAAAAAAUCUCGGCUUCUUUAAAUGGACACGCACAGUCUCCAAAUAUAAAAUAUGGUGCAAUAUCCACUUCAUCACUUGGAGAAAAAGUACUGAGUGCGAAUCAUGUUGAUCCAUCCAGACAAGCCACUGUGUCUGAGCAGGCAUCUCCCAAGUCAAGCCCCACAGAAGGUUGUAAUGAUGCUUUUGUUGAAGUCGGCAUGCCUCGAAGCCCCUCCCAUUCUGGGAAUGCUGGUGACUUGAAACAAAUGAUGGGUCCAUCUAAAGUUUCCUGUGCCAAGAGGCAGACGGUAGAACUCUUGCAUGGCACUAAGAACUCACACUUACACAGCUCUGACAGGUUGCUCUCAGAUCCUGAACUGAGUUCUGCAGAAAGCCCCCUGACUGACAAGAAGGCCCCCGGGAGUGAGCGUGCUGCGGAGCGUGCUGCCGCCGCCCAGCAGAACUCUGAAAGGGCCUGCCUGGCCCCCCGGCCCUCAUAUAUCAACAUGCAGGCCUUUGACUAUGAACAAAAAAAACUAUUAGCAACCAAAGCUAUGUUAAAGAAACCAGUGGUGACGGAGGUCAGAACACCCACAAAUACCUGGAGUGGCCUGGGGUUUUCUAAAUCCAUGCCAGCUGAAACCAUCAAGGAGCUGAGAAGGGCCAAUCAUGUGUCCUAUAAGCCCACAAUGACAACCACUUUUGAGGGCUCAUCAAUGUCCCUGUCGAGGUCCAACAGUCGUGAGCACUUGGGAAGUGGAAGUGAAUCUCAUAACUGGAGAGACAGAAAUGGAAUAGGACCCACAAGUCAUGGUGAAUUUGCAGCUUCUAUUGGCAGCCCCAAGCGUAAACAAAACAAAUCAACGGAACACUAUCUCAGCAGUAGCAAUUACAUGGACUGCAUUUCCUCGCUGACAGGGAGCAACGGCUGUAACCUGAAUAGCUCUUUCAAAGGCUCUGACCUCCCUGAGCUCUUCAGCAAACUGGGCCUGGGCAAAUAUACAGAUGUCUUCCAGCAACAAGAGAUUGAUCUUCAGACAUUCCUCACUCUCACAGACCAGGAUCUGAAGGAGCUAGGAAUUACGACUUUUGGUGCCAGGAGGAAAAUGCUGCUUGCAAUCUCAGAACUAAAUAAAAACCGAAGAAAGCUUUUUGAAUCACCAAAUGCACGCACCUCUUUCCUGGAAGGUGGAGCGAGCGGGAGGCUGCCGCGUCAAUAUCACUCAGACAUCGCUAGUGUCAGUGGCCGCUGGUAGCAGGACCUCCAGGCCCACCGACUGUCAAGUUGGACACAGAAGUUCUGUGACAGCCUUUUCUGUACGCCGCCCUCAGCAUGCUGGGUAUCUGCUAUCAGGACCAAAGCAUCUUAUUCACACCUGAACUUUGUGCCAAAAAGGAAGAAAAGAGAGGUGUUUUAUGUCAUCAUACAGCACGCCACAUGUGGAUUACUUUUUUAAAAUGGCAAGUGGACAGAAUUUUCAAUAUGAAGAUAGGGCUUUAUUUCCUGUUUUUAUUUACCUAUAUAACAUAUGCACUGAUUUUUUACUUAAAAUGAAGGAUGAAUUGACUUCUGGGAUGCUAGAAAACAUAGAAGUUAUUUUGUUCGCUUGUUUUGGUAUUUGGGGAUUUUAAAAGAAUAAUCAAAGUGGAACUUUCUGGUACUGCUUUAAGGUAAUUAUUGAGGUCUUUCAGCACUUUACACUUUCUAAUUUCUUGUCCUGUGGAAAUUCUCUCAUUUUCAUGUCACCUGAUAUAUUGGUAAAAAUCAGAUUUAGUCACUUUUUUUUCUGACUGUGUUAAAUUUUUAUUUCAAAUGGUACUGGACUAUUUUUGUGCAGAAUAUUCUGUGACUUCGGGAAAUGUAAAUGAUUCCACUUGUUCUACAUCAGAUCUGUUCAUUUGUCAGCAUCCUAGAAACAUUUAGCAAUGACCCUAGUUAGCUGUAACAGGUACCAAAAAAGACCAAAUGGACUUUGCAAUAUUAACCCUUUGCAGUCAUCAUAUUUAGCUGCUGCCUGUAUUGCUAAAAUGAUUUUAAUGGUGGUCUGAAGUUUGCAAAGGGCUAUUUUUAGUAUACUGCCACUAAAGGACAUUUAUUUAUAUCAAACCUUUAUUUUUAGAUAUUAUAAGCAUACAGUACAUAACUGAUUAAAUUGAUAUCUACUAGGGGUUUAUGGUAGAGAAUGGACAGCAUUCAAUAACUGGAGUCCUAGAUUGUCACUUUAUUUAAGAAAUACAAAUAAUCAUCUGACAAGACAGCACUGUUGCCGUUAGGAGGAAAAAUAGAUUACUGUCCUUACCCUGUUCACAUUAGCUGUGCUCCAUAUGGUCAAAGGACUUUCCUAAAAUUUUGUCUGCUUGGAGUAGACUUGUGUUAGUUAAGAAUUGGAAAGGCUUUAAGUCGUCAGGGUGACAGUUUAUAAAGACACCUGAGUUCUGAAGGAGGGGGACAAACCUUUCUUCUAAGUGGCUAGACAUUGUUACAAUCUUACACUGUGAAAGUCCAACAAAUCAGGCAGCAUUGUUUCUUAGGUCUUUUCAGACAUCUCAUUGUGGCUUUAUAAGGGGUUUUCAAUCCAUGAAGCAAAUCACUUAAGUGCCUCUCUUCAAAGCAAUAUUAUUCCAAGUGUAUUUGUUAGAAAAAUUUCCCAUAGGAAAUGUUGUGAAUUACCUGUACUGUAAUGACUUAUUUAUGUUUCAGUAUUCAAGACUCUCUACAUGGACAUAAACCACUGUCAUGUGCUCUCGGCAGAAGGCUUAAGUAACCAAUUGGGCUCUUUUGUACAGAUGUGGGAUCAGAAAUACCUGCCUGAUAUUUUUUCCAUGGUGAAGCCUUACCAUUAAAGUAAAAACAAAUUUUGAGAAAUUUUGCACAUGAAAAAGUUUUACUUUAGAAAGACUGAAGGUGUAAUGAGCCUAUCAUAAAAUGAUCGAUUAUAUCGGCACCAAGGAGAUACCCAUUAGAAAACUAAGCUAUACCUGUUUAAGGAUGCACGACUAAAUUUCCCCCCUUGCAAAUACAAUGGAAUCAUGUUACACAUGUUACAUGUACACCGACUAUCACUUGUAGCUCCCUGCAUUAUGUGUCUGUAUAAUACAUCAUGCUACAUAUUUAGCAGAGAGUAAAAAUUCCAGAUUUGCAUCCUGUUCAACUCAGUGCUUUAAAUUUUAUCAUUUCUUUAGUAAGAUCUUCCCAAAUAAUCAUUCAGAGCUCUUUUACUAGCUCUCUACCAUGUAUUUGCAGCAGGAGGAAGAUGGAAUGAAUUUGCAGUAUUAAGUUGAUACAGGUUUUGUGAACAGUACUUUGAUAUUAUGCCAAAGGAAAGACUGUCCCUAUUAAACUACAUUAAGUAGGGUGGCUAAAAAUUAAAAAAAAAAACAAAAACACUGGAAAUUGCUUUUUCACUUUCUCUUGAUGCAAUGAAAGGAAUAUGACACUACAGUGUACAGUGUUGUCAGUGUUAUAUGAUGCACAAAAUAUUUGGAUUAUUUGGAUUAUUUGAAUAAAUAUUAGUUUUUAAUCAAUCUGUGCCUUAUUAGUGACUGGUUAUCUGUAAAUAUAGAACAUAUACAGAUUGUAUUUUUGUGUGGUUUUUGUCCUUUUAGUGAUUUUUUUUUAAAAUGAGAGAUGGAAUUAAACAUUGAAAAUGGGAAUUUUUCUAAACUAAUCAAUUGCUACAUGAAAAAUAAAUUUAUAUACCCCCUUUGCAUUGCCUGGCCAAAUGAAAUGUGUCUCUUUACUUAUGAACUCUGUGCCUCUGUUUUCCAAGAGAAUGUUUUGUUGUUUUCAGCAGAACUGAAAGACAUUUAUGCAGUAGAAUUGAAUAUGCACCUUAUGUCUUGUUGUUUUGCAUUGAUAGUCUCCUGCUUAAAAAUGAGGACUAAGAUAGUGAAUUAAGGACCAGUAAUCAGUCAUUGUUUCUGUGGCCACCCAUAAGUAUAUACAAAAAUAGCAAGAUUAUGGAAUGGGUUUUAUUCUUGUUUGCUUUCUCAUAGAUAGAUUCAAGUGGAUGACUGGUCUGACCACCUUAUCCAUCAGCAAAGGAGCACCUUGCAAAAGUGACGCUGGACUUCUUGACCCAGGUUCCCAUUUCAGAAACUGACCAUUGUGUUGUCACAUUGAAUCCUCUUCUGCCUUGAAAUUUUCUCUGAACUCCUUCUCAAACAGAAUUGAUACUGUAUUACUAAUCCUAAUAUUUGCUGAAAUUUCAGAGAAGCCCUAACCCUCCACACAUUAUGCCCCCAGUACUAACUUUGCUUGAAUUAGUUUCAAAAUUGUUUCAAGCACAAAAUAUUUAUGACUGAAAUCUUACUUAUGAACCUAACAUUAUCCAUUCAAUCACUCAUUACAUAAAUACCUAAUAAAGGCUUAAAAAGAACACAGCCCCAUUCAAGGCACAGCAGUGAAUGAAACUAACCCUUUCCCUUGCUAAUCAUAAUGGAAAUGGAGAUGGGUAGAGUUGAUAAGGAGGGAUUGAUGGACAGUGUCUUCCCUUUAAUAGAGACCUCCAAGGGGACUCUUGAGUUGUUUAGAAACCUCAGUUUUGACAGGUGUUGAAAUUAUCCAUAUCAUAGAGGUAGACCUGUAUUUUUCAGAUGUAAAAUACCCUUUUUAUCCACUCCCUUCUCUUUCUAGGUUUCAGUUUUAAUCAUUCUCUAAAGGAGUGGGUUGUCAAAAGGGGUUAUGAUAUACAAAUUUGCCUUUACACUAUGUGACCUAGCAAUUCUUAGAUUUGACUUCAAAUAACUGCAAUAAUUAGAAGUCAGGCAAUAUGUUGAAGGAACAUGAGUUUGUGAUCACUGAGGAUAGUAGAAACCGAUGUCACCAAAUAGUGAUAUAGGUCAUUCCUGACUUAGCGUUCCCCUCACCAAAAAGAAAACUAUUCUUGGGAAAGAUCACAGAAUCCGAGAACAUGGGAAUGGGGUUGCACUAUCCCCGCUGCACCGCAGAGAUCAUAGGUAAGAGGAAUCGCUACGCACUGAUUGCAUUGCUGCUCCCCCAAACCUGUGCAGCAGCAUGCUGAAUGAGGAAGGUAGGAGAUGGGUACAGGUGGUUAGCUAGAGUCAGAGGGGAGGGGUCCCAAGCCCAGGUAUCCUAAGCCCAUUUAUCAAACUGAGGAACAAUUGGUUGGGGACAGGGUGGCCCACAACCCAGUAACAAUUCAGAACACCGACACAAUAACAAUGCUAAAACAAUGGAUGGGAAAGCACAUCAGGUGACCUGGGACUCAGUGGGCUUCAGUAACCUUGGUGACCCCACAAUCAGCCCCAACUAGUCGGCAAGAAACAACAUAGACACCCAAUGGCCGAACCCCUACUCCUUGCUUACUAUACCCAUAUAAAAACCUGCUUCUUACCCCCUCAGUGGCAACCUAUCCAGGACCCCUUUCUGCUCAGAGAGCUUUCCUGACCUCCUGUCUGUCAAUAAAUCUCUUGCUUUUCUGCCUCACUCUGAUCUCAACAUUGAAUUCUUUCUUCGACCCCCAGGCCUAACUCAGUGCCAACAGCUUACCCUGACUCUAUGGUUUCUCCAGUAGGAAACAGAGGCCAACAGCAAACCUAGCACUGUGAGUCACUUCAUGGAAGCCCUGCUGUGGUUCUGCCCACAAAGGUCAUAGGGAAAUCUGUGGGUCUCAGUGCUGAGAAUCUGAUUAUGGAGGAGAAGGAGCGGGGCUGCCAACAAUCCAUACUAGAAUCUUCGUAAAACAAGUUCCUGUUUGUGGAGCCCAAUUAUAUAGCCCCGAUGAGUGGGUUUAUUCAUCUAUAAACCAGUUUGGUGGUGCAGUCUGACCAGGGAACUCAAUGCAGUGCUGGUCUACCUAAUGGGAAUGCUCAAAUGAGUGAUUAUGUCAGUCCUGAGCCUGAAAUGCCCAUGACCACUCAGAAAAUCUAAGUCUUAGCCCUAUCUGUGGCAAACCGUGGUUUGAGGCUGCUCCCAACCAGGAAACCAGUUUGGGGAAUGUUGGGAUUGCCUAGAGUGGGCCAAGAGUAGAAUCAUAGCUUCAACUGGUAUGGACCAUGCCCUCUGUCCCAUAUGACAGGAAGCACUGGUGAGCGAAAACACCUGGAAACUGCUGCAUGAACCAGCACACUCAAGCCCAGAAGCCAGCAGGCAGAGCUGACUGCUUCCAAUAUCAAAGCAAAUGGCCCUGUUCAGCCAGAGAACUUGGGGCAUGGGUCAACUUGAGUCAAGACCACAAACAGAGCCUUAGUGAUGUUAGAGCUGCCUUUCCUGCUAGCCCAGGCAGGAAAAUAUCUAACCUCACCCAUUGCUUAAUACAGCCUUCAACUUGCACAACUAGGGAAACUGACACCAGAUCACACGAAAGAAUGUAAUCUCU